AACCAUAUUAGCAAUUAAGGGAAGGACAUGAACUAACGUACAAAGCACAUACAUAUUCUCCGAACUUCCGUCCAUUUGGAGACAUCUCCCCGGACCAAAUUUUUGUUACAUUUGACCCAAAACAGAGCAUCUUUGUCCCCUCUUUGACUCCUCUCCUCCCUUUAUAUAUCCAUAACUCUUCACUUUCAAAUUAUAUUUCUCCUCCUUAUGGAUUUCUCAUGUUGCCCAGGGCAAGAGACCAUCCCGAAGCCAAAUCAGGAAUUCAAAGGAUUUGACAGCGUCGACGAUGAUGAGCAUUUUGCCGAGCUUCGGAGGCGAAUCUUGCUAUUAGUGGCGGAUGAGGACGAAGAGAAUGAGAGUUUUCCAAGCCCCAGAUGUUCAGGCCCGGUUAAACAGUACAGGGAAAGCUUCAACUUGUUCUCUGGUCCGUUCAGUAAGCUGCCGGUCGGAUUCAACUGGGUCGAGAAGAAGGGGAGUACUGUCUCUUUCCCAACUAUACAAUCGAACCCGAACACUGCCACAGGAUCUGGAACCGGAGUUUUUAUUCCUCUCGCCAACCAGAUAAGAAGGGUUCAUUCGGGAAGAAUGAAGACUCAGAAGAGGAAAAUGUACAGAAGAGUAGAGGCUAAAUAAGCUCGAAGAUCACAAUAAGGCAACCGCUCCGUUCAAAAUUUACAGGCCUUCCGACUCUUCAAUACAAUCGAGGAACUAGAAAACAAUAACCAGACAGUCGACAAAUUUUCAGUUUUAGACAUUCAUUUGAAGGCAGACAAGAAAAGAUCAUUCCUGUAAUAG